UCUUCCCCACAAAAACAACACACAACAAUAACAAAGAACAUAAUAAUUUUUUCUAUAAAUUCUCUUUGUUUUGUUAAAGCAAAACUUAGAAAUCUGUUAGCAAAAGAAGAAGAUAUGGGAAACAGUUUACGGUGUUGUUUGGCUUGUGUACUUCCAUGUGGAGCGUUAGAUUUGAUCCGUAUCGUACAUCUCAACGGCCACGUCGACGAGAUCACUCGUCCAAUGACCGCCGGUGAGAUCCUUCAGGCGAAUCCUAACCAUGUCUUAAGCAAACCUUGUUCUCAAGGAGUUGUUCGUAAGAUCUUGAUCUUGUCCCCUGAAUCUGAGCUUAAGCGUGGAAGCAUCUAUUUUCUUAUACCGGAUACUUCUUUGCCGGAGAAGAAGAAGACAAAGAAGAGAAAAGAGGUCCGUUGCCGGAAAAAGCCUCUUGAAAGCGGCAGUGACAUUAAUAGUGAUCAUAUGAGUACUAAUAAGGAUCUCGAUGGUCAUUGUUUGACGUUGUGUGAGAAAUAUUUGGAAGAUGUUAUGUUGUCGGAGAAGAUGAGUUCGGCCGGUAAAGAGAAUCGUCACCGUCGGAAACAUAGCCGGUCGGCAUCAGUGUCCACGUGGCGGCCUCACCUUGAUAGCAUCACUGAGGAUCUUAAUUAAUUAGUAGUAUUUUUUUUUUCACUCUUCGUUUAAUUGUCUCUAUUUUCUUAUAUUCUUUUUUUUUUUGGAUCCGGAAAUCGGAUUUUUAUUUAACAUUCCCGGGGAGAAAAAUUUCAAAUAUUUUAUUUAUUUUGAAGUUAAAAACAAAACUAUGUAAUGUACUCAUGUGGAUAAGAUCUAUGGUACAUUGAUAUAUGUUCUACUUUCAGAAUGUGGCAAUGAGGACAAGAUUCUAAGUUAA